CUCCCUUUCGCCUGUAACUCUGUUUCCACGGCGGACGGCCUAUCUCCCUAAUCUUCAGGCUCUGUGGCUGAUAUGCUAUCGCGUUGACUCAGAUAACAAACGCAGCGCGCCGCGGGACACGUCAAAUUUGCUUCUUCGAGCACGUUACUCCCGUCGAAGCCUCUCUUCUCGGACACAGCAAGUUCUAUGAUAUUGGUGUUUUCCUACCGGGUUCCCGAUACGAAGAGAGGCAUUUGUGUGCGAAUGUUUAUUCCCAGUGUCCCUUUCCUAGUGCGAUCGUCUAUUUCCAUUUUCUGCAUGUUUCAUUAGAAUAUUCCCUCUGGGAAAUGUAUGAGAGCGUAUUUUAAAUUUUUACAAGUUUGGACAGUACAAGUUUUACAUGUUUCGGUUUCUUUAUGAAGAAUAAUGUGUUUCGUUAUUUUGAUUCAAAGACAUAUGUCUGUGAAUAGAGAGACUAACAAACCGCUUUUCAAUAUUGACAAUACUAAAAAUAUGCAAUGUUUUGUUCACUAAUGAUAAAUAAAAUAUAAACUGAAACUAAGAUUUUGGAAUUGCUCUUUGUUAAUUUUCUUUAUCAAUUCUGAGUCGACAUUUGCCUCAAAAUGAAAUUUUCAGAAGCUCAAAGAUGUGUGUGUUGUUGGUGACUUCAAGAAGAAAACGGAAAAAGAAUACUGAAGAGAAUCUCUGUGAGGAUUCUACUGGUGGCAUCACUGCUCACCUUCUUCCUGUUUCUCAGGAGUGCGCGGAGGAAUCUGUACGAUCUGCCCUCCAGCAAAGCUUUUUCGCCGUCGAUGGAUUACCCGAUGCCCGGGGAAAGAAAUAUCUUCUUUGUGGAGACCUCGUGCGCACAUGUGGAUUCGUCAAUUACGAAUUUGACUUCCGGCCGUUCGGGGAGCUGCGGGACUUCGCGUGCGCGGACGCUGAGGGGGGCGUGUCGGCGGCGGUGCUCGACUUCUCGUGGGAGGUGCCCGGGAGAGAGCUGGCCGCCGCCUGCGUCAACGAGACCCUGCGCGUCGCGGCCGACGACUGGACCGCCAGCGGCGCCGGCGCCGGCGUCGUCACGCGCGCGCUCACGCGGCUCUGCGGGGAAGGCAAUGUGAGUACGCUCGCAUACACAGACAGAACCACUAAAACUCCAUUGCCUCGAAAACUCCAAUGCCUUCUAAAACUCCAAUGCCUCCGAAACUCCAAUGCCUCCGAAACUCCAAUGCCACCGAAACUCAAAUGCCUUCGAAACUCCAAAUCCCCCAAAACUCCAAUGCCUCGUAAAACUCCAAUGCCUCAAAAACUCCAUUUGCUUCCAUAA